UUAGGCGAAACCAAAUUAAAACGCAAGGUCACGUGAUCCCUGCGCCUCUGAUGACGUGGCAUCCGAGUUGGCGCCAGCUGCAAACCGUUCAUUAGUUACCAUGGUGGGACCAUUGAAAUCCAACUGUCAAUAGAAGAGUCGUCCCCAUCCAGAUGCGGCGGCUCGAGAUGCGUGUAGCGGGUUACCGGCUCCAGCCAGUGGCCACAGGAAUACCCGGUCAAUCCAGUUGGCCCCACCCAAGAUCUUUCGCCGUCCUAACUUCCUUUCGUCGUCUUCUUCGUGCUCGAGGAGACUCCUUAUUUAUUUAUUUAUUAUUAAUCGCGCAGAGAAAGGAAAGAGUAUUUUCGGAAUAUCAGAAGACGAAAAAUAAAUUUGGAAGGAAAUAAAUUCUCGCGGAGGAAAGAAUUUUUUCUGAUUUUUCGGCGGUUUCGGAAUCCUUUAAAAAAGCAAGUUUGCUGUCUCUACAGUCUCCUGCAACUCUCUCUCUCUCUCUCUUGCCUUCUUUCUAUCUCUCUCUUUCCCCUUCCGCCGCUCCAUCUCUUGCUUACCUUCUGCUUCAUCUGAAUCCCUCUUGUUCUGGUCUUGUUUGCGACCGAGGAGAAGUGGGGGCAGAGAUUUCAAAGAAACUGAAGUCUGCGCGGAUUCUCUUCUAUUUCCAGAGAUGAGGAAACCACAUUAGUUUCAGGAACAUAGCGAGAAAUGGAAAGAAACGACGUACAUGCAAUCAAGCACACUGAUCGAGUCAGAGUAUCUUCAAAAUUCAUUGGAAAAAAAUCCGUCGGAGGUUCGGCGAGAUCCUCUGCCGCAUUCCCCCGCACGCUCCGUAUAUUCUGUGACGACCCCGAUGCCACGGAUUCUUCCGACGACGAAGCCUGCUUCAACCGCCGGCUCAUAAAACGGUACAUAGAAGAAAUCAGAUUUGAAGAACGGCCGCUUUCAAAGACGAUUGGAAAGAAGAAAAAGAAAAAGAAUUCGCCGGAGAUGUUCCAGUCGCCAGACGAGAUUCCGAGAUACCGCGGCGUACGGCGAAGGCCGUGGGGGAAAUUCUCGGCGGAGAUACGUGAUCCAGCGCGCCGUGUCCGGAUAUGGCUCGGCACUUACAGCACUGCCAUUGAAGCAGCCAUGGUCUACGAUAAUGCUGCAAUUCAAUUACGCGGCCCUCACGCCGCUACCAACUUUCCAAACCGCGCUUCUCUGACCGCUGCCUCGGCGUCGCCGAACUUUACAGUUUCGCAUGGGUAUGAAUCCAGCGAGGACUCCCGUAAUGUUUCAACCUCGUCCCCCACCACCGUUCUCCAUGGAUUCUCUUCUGAUGCCGUCAAGGGUUCUACGGAGAAGGUUUCCUCGUCCGUCGGGAAUGGAUUGUCACCGGAGCUUAAGAUCGACUUCAACGUGUUCGAUGAAAUGCUCCAAUAUAAUGAGUUUUCAGAUACGGGUAUUUACGGCUGGGGGGACCCGCCGUCGGACCUAACUGAUGACUUCCUGGUGUUUGAUAAAAUGCCUGACACAUACGAGCCGGCAAUAUUCGAAAAAGUCGCCGCCGGCGACCGAUCGAUUGACGCCGGCGAGAGAAUCGGAACCGAAAUUUGUGGAGAAGGCGAGGAUUUAUUUGCGGGUAUUAGUGAUCUGUUUCCGCUCGAUUCACUCCUCUAAAUGGAAAGCAGCGAUUUUGUGCUCCGGACGCCGAUUUUAUUGGCCGAUUUUACUUUGCGGAGAAGAGAAAUUCGUCAAUUCGUGUCAGUUUUAUUUGUUUAAAUAUUAUUUUUUUUAUUUUUAAAUUAUUUCUGUUUUUAUUUGCAGUGCUAUUUAAAGCAGUA